UUUGUCCAUUGACAGUUAAGGCUCUUGUUCAUGGCGGUAAAACCAACUUUGAAUCGAAACAUGCAAGAACACAAAUUACAGGUUCUAAAUCCCUGGAAAAAGAAACCCGAAAUUAUAAUCAUCAGAUUCCAUUUCUUUUUGGAAUCUUGAUUGUUUCAAAGCUUUUAAAAACAACCCAUCGUCUUCAAUGAUACAACAAACAAUAGCCAAUGCUUCAAGUUGUCACCUUCUUUUUUCUAUUAGAUUUAAAGAAUCAUGGAAAACCUGCAAUCUGGGGUUAUUUUGAAUCUUCUUUCAGACAUGGGUGUUCAAGAAAAAACAGUUAUCGAUGACAAUGAUGCUGAUUGUAAGGAACCUGCUGCAUUGUUACAGAUUGUAAGCAUAAUCCCAGUGUUGUCAGAAAGUGAUGAUCUUUGGCCUAAACAAGGCUUCUUCAUUAAAGUUUCGGAUUCAACCCACGAACUGUUUGUUUCUUUGCCUCAAGAACAAGAUGAAAUGAUUCUAAACAACGAGUUGCAGAUUGGGCAGUUCAUAUAUGUGGAGAAAUUAGAGUCUGCCUAUCCAGUUCCAUUACUGAAAGGGUUAAAGUUAAUACCAGGGAGACAACCAUUUGAUAGGGAUCCCAAACAUCUUGUUGGCAAUAACAUAAUGGAAGCGUUUUCUCAAACAUCAUCGCCAUUGUUGAUCCAACGAAGAACUGAAAGGGCUCGAUCUAUAAGUCCUUGUACGGCACCCUUAAGGGACCGAAGGGCUAGUACAGGGCGUCAAAACUGUAGGACCAGGACCAAUGGCCUUAAUAUUCAAGGUUUUGACAUGGGUUAUUCAAGGAAGAAACAGGAUUUAAACGGUUCAGGAUGCAGUAGAAGAAGCUGGUGCGAGACAGCAAAAGGCUCCACAGUUGUGAAGCAUGAGAUUAUCCAUGUUAGCCAUACUCCUAAUUCUCAUGAUUCACCAUUUAGGUCUGCUGGAUUUCUCAGCUUCCAUGAUGAUAAUUCAAAUACCAGAUUAAGAACAAAAGAUGUUGGUCAAUUUUCAAAACCAGUCAAAAAUACAAGCAAAAGUUGGAACUCUUCAUCAGCAAGAACUAGUAAGGAGCCUUUGACUGACUCAAGGAAAAGAGCUUCAUCCAAAAACAAAACAUGGGCAGAAACUGAGAUGUUAUGGGAUACCCUUCCUUCUUCCUUGGUCAAACAUGGGAAGGAAGUACUAAGGCACAGAGAUGUCUCUUUGCUUGCUGCUGUUGAUGCUUUGCAAGAAGCUGCUGCCAUUGAGAGAUUGCUCAAGUGCCUAAGCAUCAAAUUAAUAUAUUUUGAGAGAUAUAUGAUGUUUAUCUAUUGUAUGCACCUUCAUUACUUUGUCUGCCAUGGCAAGAACUUCACUAAUUCCUUUCAUUUUUCUUUCAGCAAAUUUUCAGAGCUUCGGUUGGCAAAAGAAGAUGAUCAACAGCCUUCAAUUAACAAGUUCUUCAAGCUGCAAGAUUACUUGACUCAGUGUAGAGGAAUUGUUCAGUCAUUAACACAUACUAGUUCUCAGAGAAUGGCUGAUAGUGAUUUGAAUAGUCCUGGCUACACCAGGGAAGCAUUAAAACUAGCUGUUGAUCGAUGGAGAAAUGCAACCUCAUGGAUUAAAGCUGCCGUGGCAUCUGAUCUUAUCCCACUUUCUCCAGAGGGAAAGAACGAAGCAAAAGCCACGAAAAAACCAAGUCAGAUUACCAUGCUGAGAGGCAGUUAUUCGACCACGAAGCAAAGGAACAAUGGUGAAUUUCACUCUGGUUUUGCAGCUGAGAAGAAAAAUAUACCAGAAUGGGAGAAGGGAAGUACCUUGAAUAUAGCUAGAAAUCUUGCAGACUCAUUGCAAGAUGAAUGUAAAACAUGGUUUUUAGGUUAUAUCGAGAAUUAUCUAGAUGGUUUCGAUAACGAACGCCUUUCAAAGGUACCUCAUGGCCAGGUAGCUGAAUCUAUGUGUCGGAUCAAGAGAUUGAACGACUUUUUAGAUAUGAUGGAGGCAAGUAACGGCAAAUCAACACCAGAAAGUCCCGAAUUCGUAGCAUAUGGAAGGGUGAGGAACAAAAUAUAUGAGAUCCUUUUGAAGCAUGUUGAAAGAACAGCAAUGGUUUUGUCAUUUUAUUAACAGCAAUUGAGGCUUGAAUGAAUGAAUCACUUUUCCCCUUUCAGAGCAACAACUAAGUCUUUAAAUGCCCGUAUCUAACACAUUUUUAGAAAAUUAAAGAAAAGAUAAUUAAACAUACCCAUAUCAGACUCACACUUCUAUGUAACAUACCUUUCGACAAUCUUUGGACUGCAUAUUAACAAGUGACUUUUUAUUGUUUGAUUGAAUCUCACUUUGUUACUUAUUGCAUACAUGGAUCUUGAAAUCAGAGCUAUAAUUGAAUAAAUUCGAGCCAAAUUGCUUGGGGUUCAAACUGAAGGGUUUAGGGUUUCCAUAUUUCAAUACAGAGAAUCUUACUGUAUUUUUAUUAUUUUAACUUGACAAAGCAAGGGUUCCCCAAAUUAUGAAAUAAUUUUCAUUGCAUAUCGUGUUUCAUGUGAUUGAUUGUUGAAUAUAAAUCUAAACAUGUAUAAUAAUUGCAUGAAAUAACUAAAAUAAGAGUAAAAAGAUAAUACUAAUGCACAAAUAUGUCAGAAUCAUAUAUACCAUGAAUUAUUAACGUAGCAAAAUUUAUAUGAUUAUAUAAAACCUUAUCUAUGACUGCGGCACAUAAAAAUACAUAAACACGACACAAAUACACCUAUUGCCAAAUCUGUUUGUAUGGCAUGAAAGUAUUGAACAAAGGGUGGACAGCACAAAGUAUAGACUUCAUGUUGUAUGGUUAUGGUAUCAACCUAAAUCACCUGAACCCGGAAGGAGUCGCUUGUGGACCACCUGCAGCUCCUCUCCUCAUUGCUUUUGAUUGA